AACGAAAAAUGUUUUCAAAUUUUCCUUCCCAUCCAAACCCAGACCCAGGGAAGGAAAAAAUUGAAAAGAUAUUUGAUAUUCGAGUGGCAUAAAAAUUAGAAGCUCAGAAGUCAGAACGUGUGGCUGCCAUCCCUGCCGUGAAGGAAAUAGAAAAUUUUGCUUCUCUCCUUCUCCUUCAACCGUCACAAAUGCAAAUGGUAAUGGACUUCAUAAAUCAUAAUGACAGUUACAAGAAAGUAAAACAACAUCCCAGCCUCUCCUCUACUUUUCUUUCUCUCCCCACACCAACUCCUCACUACCACAGCUUUAUUCGUCCACCAGCAAGAGGACCUGCAGUCUCGCAUUCAUGGCGCAGUUCACUGCUCAGGGAGGUCUAAAGCUGUUCUUCAAUGGUAAGGGAGUCUCUUUUCGGUUCGAUUCCAAUGACCCAUUUCAUUAUAAAGGGGCUGGCAGGAUCAGAUUCGUGGAUGCCCGUCCUAUUCAACCCCACAACAACAAUACCAGAUCCUAUCGGUCUAGCCGAGUUUUCAGUUCACUGGGAAAGAAACCCAGCGGCUUCAGUACAGAGGAACGCUUGGUCGCUGAUGAUGGUGGCGAAGUUGACCUGGGUUUUGAUGAAGAUGAUCAGUUUGAGAAUGAUGAAUUGUCUUGUUUCAGAGGUUUGGUUUUGGACAUCUCUUACAGGCCUAUCAAUGUUGUUUGCUGGAGGCGUGCUAUUUGUUUGGAGUUUAUGGAGAAGGCUGAUGUCUUAGAAUAUUAUGAUCAGACAGUAAAUUCUCCCAGUGGAUCCUUCUACAUACCAGCUGUGUUAAGGGUUCCACAUUUAUUGCAGGUUGUCAAGAGAAGAAGAAUUAAACAACACCUUAGCCGUAAAAAUAUAUUUUUCCGGGAUAUGUUCACUUGUCAGUAUUGUUCUUCACGUGAGAACUUGACAAUUGAUCAUGUUCUGCCAGUUUCUAAAGGUGGAGAGUGGAAGUGGGAAAAUCUGGUUACAGCUUGUGCAAAAUGCAAUUCAAGAAAAGGUCAGAAGACUUUAGAAGAAGCAAAUAUGAAGCUUGUCAAGGUUCCAAAGGCCCCAAAAGAGUAUGACAUACUUACCAUACCGCUGACAACAGCAGCUAUAAAGAUGUUGAGGAUGAAAAAGGGGACCCCUGAGGAGUGGCACCAGUACCUAGCAAAGCCAUCUUCAGAGCCAUGACACAACUCAUAAUUCCAACACACCACAUUACAUUCAUACAAUCUGUAUAUAGUAAUAUUGUGGUCACCAUCAUGAAUCUUUCUCACUAAGGUGCCUUGAAAAGUUGUCAUGUAUUCUGUUGCAAAUCUUACUAAAACUUCUCUUGGCAAAUUUCUGGUUCCCUAAUGUCUACAAAGUUUAUUACCAAAAAUAAUUGUAUACAAAGUUCAUGUAUAGCAACUCAAAUCCUAAUGUAUAUUAAUGAA